AUGAGCAUCCAAAAACCAUACUCAAAAAAAGAUAUUGAUGACAUCCGAUCACGUUGGGUCAGUGUCUUCUUUUCUCAUUAUGAAGCUCGAUAUGAUCAUGUCAAACGAGUGUAUUCUGUCUUGAUGAUACCAAUACUUAGGUGCUGUGCUGUUUUUGGGACCGAAAUUCGGCCAACUACGGAAUGUGGAAGAACAAUGUACAUAAUUCGCCAAAGAAUAGACCUGUUGUUACUCAUGAGAAUGCAGAAAAAACAUGAAGCUUCAGGAUUCAAAGGGCAAACAAGUUACAAAAAUGUCAAAAGGAAGCAAGUAAAAAAAAUGGAAACUAGCAUCUUUUCACAAGUGGAUAUUGAUGCUGAUGAAAUAAGUCAUUUGGACGAAGAUAAUUUAAUCGGCCAUGGUGGUAACAGAAAGGUUUAUCGAAUCACGCUGAAGAAAAACAGGAUGGUAGUGGUUGUGAAGCAAUUAGAGAAAGACGGGUUUUACCUUUUUUGCUGGUACACAUGGUUAUAUUUCUCGAGGAAUGCUAAGUACGAGGAAGCAUUAGAGUGA